GUGAGUCCUCGGGGCUGGGACACCGGGAAGGGCCCUCAGUCGGCAGGCACUGAAAGAGGAGUCUACGUUCCCCUGGACCUCCACUUCCACACGCUCCCUGCUGUCCCUCCAGGAAGGAGGCCCUGGGGCCCCCUCCCAGGCUGACAGACAGAGGGACAGCUGUGCUAUGACGGUGAUAUCGGCCAAGAAAGCAAGAGCUGAGGACUACUGACAGCCCCGCCUCCUGUCUGGGAGCUGCCUCUUCUACCCCAGGCCUUCCUCCUGCGGACACAUGGUCGUGCAGGACAGCACGGAUGCUGGGGAUGCCAGAGUGGGUGUGCGGCUAGAGCCCUUCCUGCACCAGGUCGGGGGGCACCUGAGCGUGAUGAAGUACGACGAGCACACCGUGUGCAAGCCCCUCAUCUUCCAGGAGCAGAGGUUCUACGAAUCCCUGCCUCUGGCCAUGAAGCGGUUCACUCCGCAGUAUAAGGGCACCAUCACGGUGCACCUCCAAAGAGACAGCCGAGGCCAUCUCAGCCUGGUGGCCACCCCGCUGAAGGAGAACCGGGGGCCCUUCAAGGUCUCCACGGAGUCGGCGGCAGUGGCCCUAUGGCAGACUCUCCAGCAGACCACCGGCGGCACUGGUGGCGCCCACCCCCUCGCCCAGUGGCAGCUGGCUCACUCGCUCGAGGAGAGCCCCACCACGUCGCUCCUGAGGUCUGACUUCCACCUCAACGCCCCGGUCUCCUCACUGGUGGAAGACGCUAAAGGGAACCAGGCCGAGAGGAGGAGCUUCAACCCGUGGGGCCUGCAGUGCCACCAGGCCCACCUGACCCGCCUGUGCACCGAGUACCCGGAGAACCAGCGGCACCGGUUUCUGUUGCUGGAAAAUGUCGUGUCACGGUACAAGCACCCCUGUAUCCUGGACCUGAAGAUGGGGACCCGGCAGCACGGAGAUGACGCGUCCGAAGAGAAGAAGGCCCGCCACAUGAGGAAGUGUGCGCAGAGCACCUCGGCCUGCCUGGGCGUGCGCAUCUGUGGCAUGCAGGUUUAUCAAGUUGAUAAGAAGCACUUUCUCUGCAAAGACAAGUACUAUGGAAGAAAACUCUCCAUCGAGGGCUUCCGACAAGCCCUCCAUCAGUUCCUGCAUGACGGAACCCGCUUCCGGACAGAGCUCCUGGAGCCCAUACAGCGCCAGCUCCAGGCCCUCCUCUCAGUCAUUAGGAGCCAGAGUUCGUACCGGUUCUACUCCAGCUCUCUCCUCAUCAUCUAUGAUGGGCAGGAGCUGCCAGAAAGGACCCCGGGGGGCCUGCAUCCUCAGGAGGAGGCUCCACAGACGGCCCACAGCAGCUCUUCCGGAAGUCUCACCAAAGUUGACAUCCGGAUGAUCGACUUUGCUCAUACAACAUACAAAGGCUCCUGGAAUGAGCACACCACUUAUGAUGGACCAGAUCCAGGCUAUAUUUUUGGCCUAGAAAACCUCAUCCAGAUCCUGCAGGAUAUUCAAGAGGGAGAAUGAGGCUUGUUGGGCCUAUCCAGAUUUUUCUGGACUAUAAUUCUCAAAAGGGACCUACUGGUAGCCAGGGUACUCCAGACACUGUUAGAUGUCUUUGUCAUAAUUAUAUCCACAUUCAAAAGCCACACAUGGCAGGGUAUAUUAAUGGCGGUUACGGAAACCAGCUCUGGAGGUAAUUCCCGUACUCUGGCAUCUUCUGCUAAUGCCGGUCUUCGGAGGCUGGACAGUCGGUGUGAAACGGCACCAUCGUGGAGUACACUGGAGGGCUGCGGCACGAGGGAGAAGCCAGCAUUACAGUGAGAUUCUGGAGAAUUUGCAUUUAAAAAUGCUUUUUUGUUGUCACGCUGAAGUCUU